UUUUAAUUAAAAAGAUACAGACCCGGAUCUGCUCGUAUAUAAAUCUCUGAGCCGAAAUUAUUAGAGCAUUAUUCUGGAUACGUGUCAUUGUGCAUACGAACGUGAUGCAAGUUUUUAUUGUCGCCUCGAUAUGUCUUGCUGGCGCCUGUGCAAUGAUGUCUUGGGAAAUUCCCGAUGAUGUCAUGAGCCAUGUGACUGACGAGAUGGAUUUAGAUUGGAUAGAAUACAAGAAGGCGCACAACAAGACAUACGAAUCCGCUAAGGAGGAGGUUGUCAGACGGCUUUACUGGAAGGACACUUUGCGGUUCAUUCGAGACCACAACCUGCGCUAUGACAGGGGAGAGGUGACGUACACAGUAGGAGAGAAUCAGUUCGCAGACAUGGCGGAAGACGAGUUCGAGAAGACAAUGCUCCGGGAUCUCAUCGUGCCCGAGGAGGGAGCGGAAGUCUACCCGGAAGCUCUGACAGAACCAGACCCUAAUGCCUCUCCAAUAGAUUGGAGACAGAAAGGGGUGGUGACACCCGUCAAAAAUCAGGGCGGUUGUGGCUCGUGCUGGGCAUUCUCCGCCCUUGGUUCACUGGAGGCGAUUAUAUUUAAAAAAAGUGGGAAGACAACCGAUUUGUCCGAGCAGGAUCUCGUGGACUGUACAAAGGGAGGAUACGGCAACUACGGCUGCAGAGGAGGCUGGAUGACCAACGCAUUCAACUACAUCCGUCGUAGGGGAGUUAGUACCGAGAAGUGUUAUCCGUAUUCUGGUCAAGACGGCAGAUGUAGGUACCGAAGACGCAUUGGUGCCUCCAUUCGAGGGUACCGGAACGUUGGAAAGUCCGAGCAUUCCCUGGCCAGUGCCUUAUCUCGUGUAGGACCAAUCGCAGUGGCCGCUGACUGCAGCGAUCGAGGCUUCUCGUUAUUCAAGUGCGGGAUUUAUUACAACCCGAACUGUCAAGCGAACCGUCCAAAUCAUGCCAUGGUUCUUGUUGGGUACGUGUACAGCACAGCUGGAAACUACUGGAUCAUUAAAAACAGUUGGGGAACCACGUGGGGUGACAAGGGAUACGUCUACAUGGCCAAGGACAAGGGCGACAACUGUGGGCUGAGAAACUUUGCAAGCUACCCGACACUAUAAAUGGUCGAGUCAGCUACAACAAGCUAUAAACUGUACAUUCAUAUAUAGUCCGUUUUCUUCUCAACUAUCAUUUUUUUAUGACGAAUUUUGUUUAUCUGGUGAAACAUUCAUUAUGUAAUGUAUGUUAUAUAAGCAUGGUUUCCUACAAUCAGUAUUAUUUUCCUGCCUGUUACUGCACGGCGAACAACGAGUGGUAAUACGCUCGUCACACUAAUAAAACUGUCGCGGGUUCAAGUAUCAAGUACCAAUAUUAAAACUUGUUUAAUGGAACAAUGGACUAUUAUUAAUUGUGUUUGUCUUUUCUAUAAAACUUUUAAAAAAAUGUAAUUAUAUGGUUUGUUUUUUUUACUUUUCUGUACGUGUAAGAUUUACCAAUAAAAACUAUUACUACAAACGUAACCAUUAUUUUAGUUUACGUCGGUCACAUCCGCUGCUGUAAAUCUACCAUUUUUACAUAAUAAGCAUAAUGAUGAAUAUUCAUUUUUUAUAAUAUUUAAUUGUUAUUAAAUGUUUGAAACUUAUUUAUGUUUCGUUACGAAACAAAACCAUUCGCUGAAAAGCAAACUGCUUUCUAUUCAAAGCAUUUGGCCAGUGCAACCGACGAAUUAUGUGACAAGGAAUGAACAUGCCAUUUUUGUCUAUCAAUCACCUUUGACACGGGAGAGUGCUUCGACGAGUACAAUUGUCAAAAUUAGCCAGUCAACCACAGUGGAAUAAAGCGUUCUUUGACAGUUAAAAUAAAAAUGACUAUCGGCUACGCGAAUAAAACAGUCAACUAAGCUAUAAGUACACUCCCAGCAAUUUCACUCUAUAAAUAUGCACUUUAUUUUGUUUUGCUUCCAUAACCAACGUGGACAUUUUAAAGAAGUACCCUAUUGUAUAUUCAUAUACACAAGGGAAACACACCAUGGUAUAAACAAAAGCAAAACAUUCGUCCACAAAAGCAAAAUUAUACAAAAUUGUAUAACACCAGCCAAGGCAUUUAAAAUAGUUGUUUUAGUUAUUGUGGAAAGCUCCUAACUAAAUUGGACAGUUGUAUCUCUAAUAGAUAUAUUUAAAGAAUAUAGAGUAAUUUUCGUUAAGUGGCAAUAAUGCGUUGCGGUAUAAUAAUCAUAUGUAUUAAAAUGUUUUAUGCAAA